CUCACGGAGACAGUCAUGGAGGGCACCAUGGAGGGGCCUGAGGCAGUGCAGAGGGCCACAGAGCUCAUCGAGCAGCGGCUUGCCCAGGAAGAAGAGACUGAGAAACUUCGAAGAGCUGCUGCUCCUGGGAAGCUGUCCAUGGACACGCUAGUGCUGGAGGAGGAGAAGCUCCAUGGGGUUCGGAGUCCCGCUUUACAAAAGGUUAAGGGCCAAGAGCGAGUGCGCAAGACGUCCUUAGACCUGCGGCGCGAGAUCAUCGACGUGGGCGGGAUCCAGAACCUCAUAGAACUGAGGAAAAAGCGCAAGCAGAAGAAGCGAGACGCGCUGGCAGCGGCCCAGGAGCCACCUCCGGAGCCGGAGGAGAUCACUGGCCCCGUGGAUGAGGAGACGUUCCUGAAAGCUGCAGUAGAGGGAAAACUGAAAGUCAUUGACAAGUACCUGGCAGACGGAGGCUCCGCUGACACCUGUGAUGAGUUCCGUCGGACAGCGUUGCAUCGGGCCUCCCUGGAGGGCCACAUGGAGAUAUUGGAGAAACUUCUGGAGAACGGAGCCACCGUGGACUUCCAGGAUCGGCUGGACUGCACAGCCAUGCACUGGGCCUGCCGAGGAGGCCACCUGGAGGUGGUGAGACUCCUGCAAAGCCGAGGAGCCAACACCAACUUGAGGGACAAGCUCCUGAGCACUCCCCUGCACGUGGCCGUCCGUACUGGACACGUGGAGAUCGUGGAACACUUUCUUUCCCUGGGCUUGGAUAUCAAUGCCAAAGACAGAGAAGGGGACAGCGCCCUCCAUGAUGCUGUGAGACUCAACCGCUACAGAAUCAUCAAACUGCUGCUCUUGCAUGGGGCUGACAUGAUGGCUAAGAACCUGGCAGGAAAGACCCCCACGGACCUGGUCCAGCUAUGGCAAGCAGACACCCGGCAUGCCUUGGAGCAUCCUGAGCCAGAAUCAGAGCAGAAUGGACUGGAAAGGCCUGGGAGUGGGCGUGCAACACCCCAGCCUGGACCAGUCCAGUAAAUACCUACCCCGAGCUGCGCAUCCUUCCCCCUACUAUGAGCUGCCUGCAAGCCAGUGUAGCAGGAACACCCCCAGACUCAAUGCGAUAAAGAUCUGCCUUUGCU